GCCAAGGCUCCCAAGCCAGCAGGCAGGCAGCAGGACUACCUGGAGUCCACACAGACACAGUAACUGCUCACCUUCCCAGGAGAGACAAAAAGAUCUGCAAAACUGAGGAGCUUGGUUAUGAUACAGAUUCCACAGCCUCCAGGAGAGACACGAAAAUGCCCAUAGUUCUGUCUGGUCAGCAGGACUGCUGUGAAGAGAUACCUGCCAGCAGGCCCUUUGCACUCUCAUAGGCAUAAAAAUGCUUUAGCAGUAAUGCUCAGUUGGCAUUUAUGAGGUGGUGACUUAGGAGUGUCUUGUGGUGAUACAAACCAAAAACCUAGGACUUACUGAAUCGGCUAAAUCUGACUCAGGGAGGAGGGAUAUACUCAGCUUCUUGGAAAUUUUAAUUUGACCCUGAACAAUGAAGCUUCUUAUCAGCCCGUUGCGGAGGAUGAUCAUGGGCCUCCUGCCUCCCUGGGCACCAGUGGGAAUGAAUCCUAUCAAAAGUGCUGCCUUGAACGCCCAUCAGUUUCUUCUGAGACAGAAUUUCAGUGGAAAACCUGGAUUGGUGACAGCCCUAGAUCUGGUCAACUACUGGCAAGAAGUGUUUGAAGCUAACAGGAUCCCUGAAGCACAAGAAUCCAGCGAGUAUAUUGUUUCCUAUGUCUUGGGAGCAAAAACAUUCCACAGCUUGAGUGCCAGCAGCAUAUCUACUCCCCUCACAGCAGAGCAGCAGGAGCAGGUCCAGCAGCUGAGUGCAAAACGGUUGCAAAGGAUGCCUGUGCAGUAUGUCCUUGGUGAGUGGGAUUUCCAGGACCUGACCCUCAAGAUGAGACCCCCAGUCUUCAUUCCUCGGCCUGAAACAGAGGAUCUCAUCUCUUUGGUUCUGGAAGAGGCAUCUCGGAAGAAUAAGAGCUGUCUGGAUAAUGCAGUUCACCAGUGUCCUCCUACUACUCCUCUCCUUGUCAUCCUGGAGAUUGGCUGUGGCUCAGGGGCCAUUGCCCUGAGUCUCCUCCGCAAGCUGCCCCAGAGUCAGGUGAUAGCCGUGGAUAAAGAGGUAGCUGCUGUGAACCUCACAAGAGAGAAUGUCCAAAGGUUUCAACUCCAGCACAGGCUAAGACUUUUCCACCAUGAUGUCUCAUCCAGUUCCUGGGAACAGCUGCUCCCCUGGGGCCCUGUAGACAUCAUCGUCAGUAACCCACCGUAUGUCUUCCAUGAAGACAUGGCUCAUCUGGCUGUAGAGAUCCUCAGGUAUGAGAACCUUGAUGCCCUGGAUGGGGGAAAUGAUGGGAUGAGAGUGAUAAAAAGGAUUCUGGAGCUGGCUCCUUGUAUUCUAAAAAAUGAUGGGAGUGUGUUUCUAGAAGUUGAUCCGAGGCACCCAGCGAUGGUGGAGAACUGGCUGCAAAGUCGUCCUGACCUGUUCCUUUCUCUUUGUGCUACCCACAAGGACUUCUGUGGAAAGCCAAGGUUUCUGCACAUUCAAAAAACAUGUAGCAUGUGACUGGAACCCAAGGAAUGUCUCCGCCCAUCCCAACAUGCACA